GUCAACAACAUGUCUAAGCACACAUCUACCCGUGACAUAGCCGUCUCAAUGCACUCGGCUGUCUCGGGCCACUCAAUAGAGCACCAGUCGGCAUGAUGUAAAAGGUGCGAAGUCAACGGGCUGUGGCACCUCAAUUUUGGGCUAGCCAGCUAUAAAAGAGCCCCAAGAGGUGCUUCAAGACACCAGUCGUCCCUGUACUUCUUUCACUCAUGCAGCUCACCCGCGCGCUUCUCGUCUUCGCUGCCGUCGCACUCAGUGCGGUCCAAGCUGCACCUGCCCCUGCGGAGGUGUCCUCCAGCCUCACCAAGCGUUGGUGUGGAUUCGACCACAGCUGCCCGUGCAAGACUAACAAGAAGGCCGGCUGUGUUGCCAAAUUCGAUGAAUGCUCCCAGCACUGGUUCUGGCCCGAGGAGUGCACGACAUGUGCCCCCUGCCUUCCGCUCUGCCUCACCCCUAUUAAAUGUGUGGGCGCUGCGGCGUAAUGCAACAAUCGUACCAUACCAUUGAGAAAUUGUACCCACAAGCGAUCGAAGUAUGGAAACAGCCCUCACCUGAACUCUGAGCUCUGUGCGAUCGGGACGUGUCGCUCAGUGAAGUAAAGCGAAUGUCCAUCUCGGCAAGGGGUGACGGAUUGCCGGUGUAUCCAACCACUCCGUCGGUCACAGAUCACGGCUAAGUGACGAGGCGUAGCAAGAGAUCAAACGGUCUAGCCGUCGUGACCUGUCACAGGUCCCUGCACAAAAUGAGCUGGCAGCACAGCUGACCUGACCGGAGAGUGUGAGCUAAUUUACCGCAAUGGAUCUUCUGUGGAAAUCCGUUCACUGUAAAGCCUAUUUCUGAUGGCCCAAGCGAGGUUCAAUAACAUGAAUAUGGUAUGAUCAUCGAUGCAAAGAUCGUUUUGUCCACCUCCUCAGACGUGAAACAAAAGAGAGAUAAGACUCAAAUCAGAUUUAGAGGUAGUAUGGGAAGAACAGGCCCCGGAAGCAUUGCAUUUUAUGAUCACAAAAAGUCCGAACGAUGAAUUUGUGACAUUGUCACGCCACCUAUUCUUCCCAUUUCUCUGACAGAGCAUAAAUCUUACGGCAAGGAACCCUAAGAGCUUCGAGCGGGGUCCGGGUUCUCGAUUCAGGUAGGAUACGUGAGAGCCGGCUACACCAUCCGGCCCCCGGACUGGGAUGGAUAGGCUCAUGACGUACACUAUCAAGUACCAUCCACUGUGACCGGACUUCAACGGGAGGCGGGCGAAAGACGCUCAAGACUCCAAUUCUCGCAUGUCUUCCAGAGCCCUCAGCUGCGUCGAGGUAACGGACCACAUCGUCGCUUUCCUCGCUUCGCCUGACUGCGCCACAUCGACUUCCGAUGUGCGCGCCUGCUCGCUCGUCUCGUUCGCUUUCGCUGGAUCCAGCCAGCGUUGGCUCUUCCAUCAUAUCCAGCUUCCCCCUGCCUGUCAAAAAUGCACGAACACCGCAAUCCGCUCCCAGGCUGCGUGUUCGCGACUGCUCGCCGUACUCGACGACAGCCCGUGGCUUGGACGCUACAUCCGGUUUUUGACGCUCACGAUAACCCGAUCUCUGCUCGAUCUAUUGCCUCGACUAUCUGCAGCACUGCCGUGUCUCCAGCACCUCGCGAUCAGCAACCUCGACACCCGAAACGAGGACGUCCGCCUCCACAUCCUCCCGCCCAUCGCUCAGCUCGUCGGCCGGCCAACAUUGCGGACGCUGGAGCUGCUGCAGCCUGUAUUCGAAGACGUGCAGGACUUGCACGCGGUCUUUUCCCUGCGCGACCCAGGGGCCGAUUUAGCGCGCCUCGUGCUCGACGGCCCGCGUGUGUUCAAAUUCUUGCGUGCGCGUAAGCUGGAUGACGCCGUGGAUGAUGUGCUUCUGGAAACAGAUGUGCUCCCUGGGAUGAUCCGCGUUCUGAAAAGUACCUCGCUCAAACUCAACCUUUCCCGGUGGGAUGGGUGGCUGGCGCAUCCGCUGUGCCCGCUGGAUUUCUCGGGAGUGCGUGAUUUGGAGCUGCACGGCGCAUUUGGAGUGGGACUGAGGAACCGAAUGCGGCAUGCGUGGGGUGGGAUAACGAGGCUCGCAGCUUCUGCGUACAGUCUAGAAGCCGCAAUCGCCGAAGGUUUCAGUCUCAGACAACUACCGUGUCUCCAUGACCUUUUCUUGCAUACUGCCAACGCCCAUAUUUCGUGUCUGAGUGCGAUCAUCGGCACACUCGGCGAGGAGAACGCACACAAUCUGUCCCACCUCGCACUCGAGGUAGGCACCGUCGACCAGCUCGUUUCGCCUCCGCAAAUUUCCGUGCUCGUAAAGACGCUGAAUGACCUUCCGUGCGACUUCAAUCCCCGGAUUGAGCUGGCCUUCCGACAUCUGACGGUUCAUUUACACGGGCCAGACGGUGUCCGGUGGUUCUCAGAUGCUGUGUCUCAACUCUCUAGGAUACUUAUCCCUAAAUUGGGGAGGUUUACGGAGAUCAACAUUUCGUGUGUACAGAGCGGCACUCCUGGAUGCAUGAUUCCCAAAUUCUGAAAGAACUUCCAACUGGACAAACAUCUGUCAACAAGCCUCGUUCUUGUGAUCAUCGGUGUAAGGUACUUAAUCCGUAUGCCUGCUUCACGAGACCUUCCCUUCGCGCUCGCAGUUGACCUAAGGCUAGGUAAAACUCCUGAUCCGGGAGGUCGGUGCUCAGUACAAAGAGUCUAUUUUUUGUAAAUUAUCGACGCCGGGGAGCACCGGCCCCCACUAAAAAAACCCGGUAAUUGACCGUAAUGACCGCGAUAUCAUCAGAAAGUUUCGUAGAUUUUGCAUUAUUUACAUUGACGUGAAUUGGCCAUGAAAGGAAUAGAUGUCUCUUUCCCUCACAACUAGUCCUGCAAGUAAAUUUUCUUUUUUAGGAUAGAUUUCCAUCACAGAAAGAAAAUUAAUAAUAUAAUGAUGUUUUC